AUGGCUUUUUAUAGAAAGGUACGUGGACCUCCCGUGUGUUUUAGUGCGCGUGGUAAUAGACCGGGAAGGUUUAAAGUCCCUCAGAGCGGCAGAAUGGCAGGGGUGAAGCUGGUCCACUUGUACGGCUUCGUCUCUUGUCACAGGCAUCGUUCAACAAAUUGGUCACCCUGGGGCUGUGGCUUUGGAGUGCACAGGCAGGUCAACGCUGUCAUAACCAAUUCACGAAAUCACAUUCUUUUGCCCCCUAGCCGGCUCCUGGGCACCCCCCGGCGAGGAAAAUGGCACAGAAUUCCAGGUUACAACUCCAUGAGUCCCGUUCUUGGGCUGAAGGUGUUUUACAGGCCCAUUCGUGUGAUUUAUGGCCAGCAGCUACGCCUGUGGUAUGGUGAAGAUCUGGUGAAUUAUACCGAGGGAGACAACGGAGGAAGAGCCUGCGCUGACGUCUACAUCCUGUACGUCUGAGACGGCAAACUUUCCUCGGAAAGGCUUCUGAAAGAUUCCAGUUUUAAAAUAUUUGCUUAAUAGAAGAACCUGUAGUAGAGUUAACUAGAAUUAAAUAAACUGAGGGUUUUAAAGGGAAA